GCGGCGGGCGAUGCGGCUGCCCGGGCGGGAUGCGAUCGGCCGCGGCUCGGCGGGGGAGGCCGCGCUGCUGAGCCGGAGGAGGCGGCGGGCGCUGCUCUAAACUUGGAUCAAGUUGGGGAAAACGGGCGGCCCCGCGCUCCCCCGAGGGGGGAGUCGCUUGCUUUUGCUUUUGCUUUUUUAUUUUUGUGGUGUUUUUUUCAGGAUUUGGGUGUUUUUUGGGUUUUUUUUUUGGUUGUUUUGGAAGGACGAGGAAAAGGGGCAAGUCCCCGAGAGCCGCGGCGCACCAUGUGUCUGUAAAAACAAUAGCGCAAAAGUUACCGGACCUUCUUUUUUAUUUUUUUUUUAAAUGUUUUUUCCUUGGUUUUAAAUUUUUUUAAAAUUUUUAAUCUAAUUUAUAUUUUAUUUUUUUUUUGGUGGCUGGGCCCUUCCCCAAAUCCCAACAAAGCCAGGUGUAGUGUGCCUGUAAAGCUGUGGAAUAACCCGGAGCAGGACUGACACUUUCCCUACUUUUUGGUGGUUUUGGAGGGUCACACACGUGUGAGACAAUAAAGCACUUUGGCAGAAGAUUCCUCUCUUUUUAUUUUGAUUAUUUUGAUUUUUUUUUAAACCCCCCUUGGAAUAUUGUGAACAUAUUUGUGGCCAUUUAAGGUUUGUGUGAUUUUGCUAAAAAUGCAUCACCAACAGCGAAUGGCUGCCUUAGGGACGGACAAAGAACUCAGUGAUUUACUGGAUUUCAGCGCGAUGUUUUCACCUCCUGUGAGCAGCGGGAAGAACGGACCAACUUCCCUGGCGAGUGGACACUUCACUGGCUCCAGUGUGGAGGAGAGGAGCAGCUCAGGGUCCUGGGGGAACGCGGGACAUCCCAGCCCAUCCCGGAAUUUCGGGGAUGGGAGCCACUACGAGCACGUGGCCGGCCGAGAGCUCGGCUCCCACGACAACCUCUCCCCUCCCUUCGUCAAUUCCAGGAUACAAAGUAAAUCGGAGCGAGGCUCCUUCUCCUCCUACGGCCGCGAUUCCAAUCUCCAGGGCUGCCACCAGCAGAGCCUGCUGGCCGGGGAGAUGGAUCUGGGCACGGCCGGGGCGCUGUCCCCCAGCAAAGCCGGAUCCCAGUUCUACCAGUACGGAGCCAGCGCCCGCCGGAGACCGCUGCACGCCUCCUCCGUGGAAGUUCAGACAAAGAAAGUCCGGAAGGUUCCUCCGGGUUUGCCGUCCUCCGUUUACGCUCCGUCCGCCAGCACCGCCGAUUAUAACCGGGAUUCUCCGGGAUAUCCGUCCUCCAAACCGGCAUCCAGCACUUUUCCCAGCUCCUUCUUCAUGCAAGAUGGGCACCACGGCAGCGACCCCUGGAGCUCUUCCAGCGGGAUGAGCCAAGGCGGAUACGGCGGAAUGUUGGGAAACUCUUCCCACAUUUCCCAGUCCGGCAGCUACUGCAGCCUGCACCCCCACGAGCGCCUGAGCUACCCCUCGCACUCCUCGGCCGAGCUGGGCUCUGCUCUGCCCCCGAUGUCGUCGUUCCACCGCGGCUCCGGAAACUUCGGAGCCUCCUCCUGCACCCCCCCGGCCAACGGCUCCGAGCCCGGCAUGGCCAAUCGAGGCAGCGGAGCCGCCGGAAGUUCUCAGACCGGAGACGCGCUGGGAAAAGCUCUCGCCUCCAUUUAUUCUCCAGAGCACACCAACACCAGCUUUUCAUCCAAUCCUUCGACUCCGGUCGCGUCUCCCCCUUCUCUGGCAGGAGCGGCCGUUUGGUCGAGGAAUGGAGCUCCUUCGGCUUCAUCGCCCAAUUAUGAGGGGCCCUUGCACUCCUUGCAGAGCCGGAUCGAGGAUCGCCUGGAGCGCCUGGACGACGCCAUCCACGUCCUCCGGAAUCACGCGGUGGGAGCCGCGCCCGGAAUGGCCGGAGCGCACGGAGACGUCCACGGAAUCAUCGGAGCCGCACACAACGGAGCCAUGGCCGGGCUUGCCUCCGGAUACGGAGGAGGAUUGCUGGGAAGCCGGCACGCGCUGAUGGUCGGAGCUCACCGGGAGGACGGCGUCGGCCUCCGCGGGAGCCACUCGCUGGUGCCCGGCCAGGUGCCGGUGCCGACGCUUCCGGUGCAAUCGGCGACGUCCCCGGAGCUGACCCCAGCCCAGGAUCCCUACCGGGGAAUUCCCACGGCUCUCCAAGGUCAGAGCGUCUCCUCCGGCAGCUCUGAGAUCAAAUCCGACGACGAAGCCGACGAGAACCUGCAGGAUCCGAAGGUUUCCGAGGAGAAGAAGCUGGAAGAGGAUAAGAAGGAGAUCAAAUCCAUAACUAGGUCAAGAUCUAGCAAUAACGAUGAUGAAGAUCUGACCCCGGAGCAGAAGGCGGAGCGGGAGAAGGAACGGCGCAUGGCCAACAACGCGCGGGAGCGGCUGCGCGUGCGCGACAUCAACGAGGCCUUCAAGGAGCUGGGCAGGAUGGUGCAGCUCCACCUCAAGAGCGACAAACCCCAGACCAAGCUCCUCAUCCUCCACCAGGCCGUGGCCGUCAUCCUCAGCCUGGAGCAGCAGGUCCGAGAACGGAACCUGAAUCCGAAGGCGGCGUGCCUGAAGCGGCGGGAAGAGGAGAAGGUGUCCUCAGAGCCUCCCCCGCUGUCGCUGGCGGGACCCCACGGUGGGAUGGGCGACGCCUCCAAUCACAUGGGACAGAUGUGACCAGAUCCGAGGCGCCGGAAUGAAAUCUCCAUCCCGCUCCUUCCGUAUUUUCCCGAUCCCACAAAAACCCCUUUUGUUUUUUGUAAGAUACCGACAAGUCUGAGUAAUUCCGCAAUCCCAGACGCGUGAGAUUCCAGCAUUCCUGAGGAAAAAUCCCGGAAAAAAAAAAGCGCCGGAAAAAAAGUGAAACGAAACAAAAAAACUUUGGAAAUUCCGAGCGGAGAGACUGGACCGGCAAAUUUUUUUUUUUCCGCACUGUGGGACGACUUUGUGCCUAAAAAAUUCCUGAAUUUUGGGGUUUUUGGAACAAAAAGAAAAAAGGAAAAAAAUCCUUAAAAAAAAAAAAAUUCCAUUAAAAAAAUUCCUUAAAAAAAAUUCCUUAAAAAAAAAUUCCUUAAAAAAAUCCUACAAAAAAAAUUCCAUAAAAAAAAUUCCAUAAAAAAAAUCCUACAAAAAAAAAUUCCAUAAAAAAAUUCCAUUAAAAAAAUUCUACAAAAAAAAAUUCUACAAAAAAAAAAUUCUGCAAAAAAAAAAUUUUAAAAAAGGAAAAAAAUUCCUUUAAAAAAAUUAAAAAAUUAAAAAAAAAAAAAAUUCCCGGAUUUCUAAAAGCUGAGGAAAACAAAAAAAAAAAUAAAAAUAUUUAAUUUCAACUUGCAAUAAUGAUCAAAUAAUUAAAAAUAAAAAUACUUCCGAAAAAAAGAGGAAAAAAAAAUUAAAAAUCAAGAAAAGAACGACGGGAAAAAAAAAUACAAAAUUCCCGGAAAUAUUCCCGGAAAUAUUCCCGGAAACCAGCGGAGAACGGAUGGGAAGAAAGGAAAAAAAAAAAAUUCCGAUGUCGUUUUUAGCCAUUCCAUAGGGUAGGAAAAAAAAUAAAAAUAAAAAAAAAAUUA